AUGACUUUACUAUCCGAUAACGCAAAACAGGAGAUUGCAAAGAACAUCGAAUUGAUCGAUGAUUCUUGUUUGAAUUGCGAUUGCCAAAAUGAAGAAGGUUUAGAUGAGAUACAAUCCGGUGAGAAAGUGUUUGACAAGCUUGUCAUUGAUCAUGAGACGGAGCUCUUUAAUUCCUCUAAGAUCCCUAAAGUUCAUUUCAUUGUGCCGACCUCACAGAUGGAUUGGCAAUUUGAUGCGUGUAUGGAGAAACCUAACUCUGUACAAUAUAAAAUAAGUACCUGGUGCUCUGAGAAUACUGAAAGACUAUCGGCCAUUACUGGCUGUGGUGGUGUCUCGAUGAAUUGUAACGUGACAUCUAUGCCACUUAAUAUCUUGGAUAUUGAAGCCAUGAGAGGCACCAAGAAUAACGUCUUAGUAUUACCAUUUGGUAUUUGGAUACAGGAUUUAAGAAGUGACAAUGUAGAAGCAAUAUUGGACGAACUUGUACCGGCAAUUUUGGAUCCAAAGACUGACAUUAAACAACUAAUAGCAAGUAAGGAAUACCUUUACGAGUCACAUAAAAAAGCGUUCAUCUUUAUUUGUUCUCAUAAAACAAGAGAUAAAAGAUGUGGAAUUACUGCACCUAUAUUGAAAAAGAUCUUUGACAGGGAGCUUCAGAAUCAUGGACUGUUUAGAGAUAAUUCUGACCUGAGAGGCGAUGGUGUCAAUGUCUCCUAUAUAAAUCAUGUUGGUGGACAUAAAUUUGCUGCAAAUGUGCAGAUAUAUCUAAAAGAUCAACAUACACUAGUAUGGUUUGGUAGAAUAACUCCAAAGGAUAUUCCUCACAUAGUCAACCAUCUGAUUGUACCAGAUCAUGGUAAGUUACCAUUCCCUGAGAAGAUAAGAUGUGUUAAGAAGUAUGAUUCUUGGUAA